UAGAGGACGAGGUUGGAACACCAGCUUUCCGAGAACGUGACUGGCUCGGGUGUAAAAGCGAGACGCUCAGUGGCUCUCGCUUGACCGCCCGCGGUCAUAUCCGGCACUUCACAGCUUCAAUCACCCAACGUCGCUCUUCCCGGCUCACUUUCUCCCCUCCUCUCUUUUCACUCCACUCCAAUUCCUCCUCUCGUGUGUUGUUUCUCUUGAAGCUACACAUCGCAAAUAUGGGUGCCAUUCCGGAAGCCGACCCCGAUGAGGUCCUCGAGACAAAGCCCUUCAAGUUCGUUACUGCUGGCUACGAUGCCCGUUUCCCCCAGCAGAACCAGACCAAGCACUGCUGGCAGAACUAUGUCGACUACUACAAGUGUACCACUGCCAAGGGCGAGGACUUCCGUCCCUGCAAGCAGUUCUACCACUCUUUCCGCUCUCUUUGCCCCAAGGCCUGGACCGAUCGUUGGGACGGUCAGCGUGAGGCUGGCAACUUCCCUGUCCACCUUGACAAAUAGAUAACCAACAGC